ACAAAGGCAGGUAGGAAUCAGUCGCGCGUGAACCGCGCGCAGGAACGUUCGUUCGAUCGUUUUUUUAUCGGCUGGGGCGACAUCCGUUUCGCGAAGAUGAGCGCACCGAGGACGCUUCAGUCCUACUUUUACGAGAGGAAGUGCUAUCUGUGUGAGAAACGCGCCGUUUACCCACCGGAUCGCGAUGUCGUGAAAAGAACGACGCACAGGGUCCGAUUCACCGAACCGAAUAAGAUGCUGCGAUCUGCCUCGCCACAGUAUCCCAGCAGAGGAUCUGACAUUCGAGUGAUUCGUCUGACGACGGAUCAAGAAGCUGUUCUCCAAGAACAGUUCAACAGAUGGCCGAGAGCACCUCACACGGCGGAUGUCGUCCUUUUGGCAGCGGAGACUGGACUUUCCGAAUCCGACGUCGAGGCUUGGUACGCUAUACGACUAGCCCAGUGGAGGAAAGAACAGGGCCUGGGAGGGAAUCUUGGUCUACAUUAACGUUUAACAUCGAGGUAUCUCGUAUGUUAUCGUAACUGUGUACCUGAAAAUGUAAUAACUUGUAAGAAUUGCCUAUCAACCUGACAACGAUCUAUUCUUUAUCGAUUCUUCCGUUGCUUCUAGCUUCCAGCGACUAUACUAAUUUAACGCUACACGAUUCAUAUUUAUGUUAAUUGUCAUUGUGUAGCGAGAGUUAGAGCGAAUUGUUAGAAACAAUGGUACCAAACGUUGAUUUUUAAAGAGUAACUGUGAGUAGAAAAAUGUACAUUAGAGAGAUAAUCGUAGUUGUCGCAACGAUUUACAAUUACUAUAUCAUUAUUUAUUCUAACUUUAAAGUACACGAAUCUUUAAAAUGCUCGAAUUAGAUAA